CUUCUCUCUCGAAUCUCCCCUCACUCAAUUCGCCUACGCCAUGUCUCGUCGGGUAGCCUCGCAAGUACAUCAGCAGGUAUCCAGGCUGAUGCGUGGAGGUAUCAUUGCAAAUGAGCCCGUAUGGUUCAAAGCUGUUCUCGCUCAUCCCCCGCUUCCCUUACCUGCGAAGGCACCACCAUCCCGAACAGCCUAUGACACGAAACCCGCAAAGGACGUAGUAUCUGCAUCAGGAUCCAAGAAAAACAUGCGGCCUUACGAUCCGAAACCAUUACCUAUAUAUUACCUGGAGGACGACAUUCGUCGUCAAUUCUUCCGCGAUCAUCCAUUCGAAACGUUUCGGCCAAUAACCCUGUCGGAAAAAGCUGGUAUUCAGGAACAGCAUCAUAUACAAGGAAAGGAAUGGACGAGGCUUCGGCAGCGAGGUAGAAAUCCGUCUCCUGACGAUGCUGUCCAGUUUGCUCUGAAUCUUCACUUGUAUCAUGAAGUCCCUCUUUCCUACGCAUAUUCGAGAGCUGUCGCCCAAUUUCGUGCACUUCGUUCGGAACAUCAUAUCGCGUCUACGAUGGCGUUAUUAGAGGCGGACACGAUGGGUGCAUUAUUUGAGCCGUCAGAAACUACUUUAGGGUUUGAGAAGGAACUCAAGAGUCUAGCGACAUGGGAGAGGCAGGCAGAGUUGGACGAGGGUGCCAUGGCUGCGAGAAAACGUUGGCGUGCUAUUGCUCAACCUCAUUCGGAGACGAGAGAGUGGUCAAGAGGACAGCAAUAUGUGAGAUUGUGGAAAGAGGGUGUUACCCCGAAAUACGCUCCGGCUCUGACAGAGCCAGAAGCAACCCCUCGGCCCCAUAUCAUGCCAGACUACAAGACGACACCCGUCCGUCGAUAG